UGUAUAUUGAUUGAUAAAAUACUUGUUACUCAUACAGUUUUUAACUGAUCAAUAUGUGUGUGCUUUUUUUUCUUGGUGCUGACCUAUAAAGAAUAUUAAAUAUUCAUGGGAGAAGAAAACCAAACAUAUGUGACUGAAUUUGUCUUCCUGGGCCUUUCACAGGAUCCACACACACAAGCCCUGCUCUUCUUCCUUUUUCUGAUCAUCUACCUGCUGACUGUGCUGGGAAAUCUGCUUAUUGUUGUGCUCAUUCACAUAGAUUCCAGGCUCCACACACCCAUGUACUUUUUCCUUAGCAACUUGUCCUUUGCUGAUCUCUGUUUUUCUACUACUACAGUUCCCCAGGUGCUAGUCCACUUCCUGGUAAAAAGGAAAACCAUUUCCUUUGCUGGAUGCUCAACACAGAUGGUUGUUUUACUUCUGGUCGGGUGUACUGAGUGUGUGCUGCUGGCAGUGAUGUCCUAUGACCGGUGUGUAGCUGUCUGCAAGCCCCUGCGCUAUACCACCAUCAUGACACAUCGGGUAUGUGCCCAGCUGGCCACAGGGUCCUGGGCCAGUGGGGCAUUUGUGUCUCUGGUGGACACCACAUUCACGUUGUGUCUGCCCUACCGAGGGAACAAUAUCAUUAACCAUUUUUUUUGUGAACCUCCUGCCCUCCUGAAGCUGGCUUCUGCAGACACCUACAGGACAGAAAUGGCCAUCUUUGCAAUGGGUGUGGCCAUCCUCCUAGCUCCUGUCUCCCUGAUCCUGGCCUCCUACUGGAAUAUCAUCUCCACUGUGAUCCAGAUGCAAUCUGGGGAGGGAUGGCUCAAGGCUUUCUCUACCUGUGGCUCCCAUCUCACUGUGGUUGUCCUCUUCUAUGGCUCAGCAAUAUUUGCCUACAUGAGACCGAACUCCAAGAUAAUGAAUGAAAGAGAUAAAGUGAUCUCUGUUUUCUAUUCAGCAGUGACACCCAUGCUGAACCCCAUCAUUUAUAGUCUGAGGAACAAGGAUGUCAAAGGGGCGCUCAGGAGGGUGACUGCAAAAUAGUUUUUUUGAAAGUGGGAAUCUCUGAUUUUGAUGACAAUUUUAGGGAUGUGGAGAGAAGUGACUUUAUUAUAAAAUUUUCCUAUUUUCAUUCCAUUCCUACACUUCUGUUUUCUUCUCCUAUUUUCCCACAUCUUCUCAAAUAAGUUUAGCAUAUUGCCUAAUCAAAGCAAGGGACCUUGAUAGACACAGGAAAAUAAUAUAGAAAGGAAAAGAAGGGAGAAUAAUAUAGGAAGAAAGGGAAAAAGAAAAGAAAGAAAGGAAGGAAAUGAAAGGUUGAUGAAUAAACAGUCACUACUCUUCAAGCCCAUACAAGCUAAUAAGGAAAUCAAAACAGGUAGACAACUGUACGUCAA